AUGGACGUGGACCAGAUCCUCCGUGACGUGGGCGAGUACGGCCGCUACCAGCAGCUGAUGCUGUGGUUGGUGCUGUUACCAGCUCACCUGCCUUACGGAUUUCACAGUUACAGUCAGCUCUUCAUGACUCUCACCCCCGAUCACUGGUGUGCCUCCGCCAACGCCUCCGACCACGGGCGCCACAGUUGCGAUUCCUCUCUGCGAAACUCCACGCAGCGAUGCCUGGACGGGGUGGUCUACGACCAGUCACGCAUCGGUCACGAAGACACCGUGGUCACGCUGUGGGAUUUAGUUUGCGAACGUUCCUGGCUUCCUCCAAUGGCACUGACACUGUUCGAGUUCGGUGGGUUCGUAGGUCAAUGCGUAUGCAUCGCUGUGGCCAAUAGGUUCGGACGGCGACCGACCUUCUUCCUCUUUCUAGGAGUCCAGUGCCUUUUCGGCGUCCUGACUUGUAUGGCCCCGGACUUCCUGUCUUUCGCAGCCUUCCGCUUCAUGGUUGGCCUCACUGUCUCCGCCGUGGUGUCUUCUCCCUCUAUCCUGGCUCGCGAAAUCGUAGGACCUAGCCUAAGAAUUCAAGUGUGGUUGAUGAGUUACGUGGCACGCAGUUUAGGCACGCUCAUUCUAUCCGGAAUAGUGUUCCUGGUCAGGGAUUGGACUCAUCUAGCAUUGGUGACGACGGUGCCCUUCUCCGCCUUCUUCCUACACUGGUGGGUUCUUCCAGAGUCCCCAAGAUGGCUGCUUUCUCGAGGGAGGUACGAAGAAGCAGACAGACUACUCAGAGCUAUCGGGCAAAGUAACGGCAAGACUUUGCCUCCCGAUUACAUAGUCAACUUAAAGAGAAGGUUUCGAGUGGAAAGUGUCCUGCAAGACGAAAAGAAAAAACAAAAGGCGAAUAGCAUCGGCGUAGUCGACCUAUUCAAAACGCCCAACUUGUGCAGGAAGACCAGCACUAUAAUCAUCAUCUGGUUCACCAGCACGGCCACUUACGUAGGACUGACAUACUAUUCUCUGGAACUAGAGGGAGAAGCUCAUCUUCAUUUCUUCCUUUCCACGGUAGCCGAAGUGAUGGCCAUUUUCUUUUCCACGUGUCUGUUGCAUCGAUUGGGAAGGAGAUGCACGUUAUGCCUAUGCUCGGCCCUGGGUGGGGCCGCAUCGUUAUGUAUAGCCGCAGUUAACAAAGGUACGGCGACUGCCUUGAUUUUGUAUUUCGUAGCCAAACUCAGCAUAUCUUCCUCCUGCGUGGUCCUUCCUUUGUGGAGUUCGGAAUUAUUGCCCAUCGUGAUAAGGGAUCAGGGUCUGAGUAUGGUCGACGCUUUCGGGCUCCUGGGACCGGUCAUCAUGCCUUUCAUCAUGUAUCAGGGUAGACGGUAUCCAAUUGUUCCACUAGCAGCAUUGGGAAGUUGUCAGUUAGUGGGUGCUCUGGCAGCCUCCACCUUACCGGAAACACUUCACCAAAGAGUGCUACACACAAUCGAAGACGGUGAAGAGUUCGGCAAACACUGGACGUGGAAAGACUGCGUGAGAUGUGGACCGCCAAAAUUGGAGAGCAAAAAUGGCAUCUUGAAGAACAAAGGACCUCCGCCGCAAUCGCCCAUUUUAAGCCUAUUGAGACGACAAGAUAGUCUUCGGUGUACUAAUUCCAACGAAGGAGAUCCCGACCCAAACGAAUGCCCGUCGGAACAAGGAUCCUUAGUGGAAACAGUGUUGGUAACGGUUCUCUAGCAGAGGAUUCCCAAGGGAUGUAGCGCGUUACUUUGUUAUUAGAGCCAAUAAAAAUCGAGGUGCUGGGUUUCCUCGACAAAUCUCCUUCCUGUGUCGUCAUCCUUCGGUAAUACGUAGUUGGCACGAAUGAUUCGGUUUUUCGCACAAACUAUAACCGAGAACGUCUUUAAACGAACGAACAAAUUAAUUUUUCUCGUGGUGAAAGGCCUUCUCGCUCUAAUCAAUUGCUUAAUCAGCAUCGGAUGUAGAAAAUCAUUAACUUUGAAAGUAUCAAAAUCUCUCGAGACAACUCUUACUCCAAACAAUUGAAGUCGGUUAUCGAGUCGGACAGCCGAGAGGAGCCGAGCAAUUAUUUAAAGGUCCUAGAGGACCCUGUUGCAUCCGGAUGUAACGUUCUAGCGUGUCUUCAUUAGUAAAUAGACG